CGCGACACAGCUGCGAGGACCAAGCCACACGCAGCCCAUUCCGUAUCUGCAGCUGCGAUCGAGAAGACGAUGCCGCCGCGACGACCUGCCGAAGGCCGCCGAUCUGCAAACUACCAACAAGGUUCGACGUCGACAGCAAACGGAGGCACGCCCAUGGAUCGCCCGUCUCGUCGUCAGCCCACCGGUGGCCGUCGGUCGCGCCAGCCUCAAGGCGGUAGCACGCACCACGCGGCGUCGGCAGCAGCGUCUACGUUCUCAGACUAUUCGUUUGACUAUAGCUACGGGACGGACAGCAUUCCACAGCCCCCCACGAGCAUUCCGACGAUCUUGAAUAACGUGGCACCAAUCUCGGCCAAAGACGCGUCCGUGAAGAGCUCGACCAUGGCGAUGCUGCUCAACUCGACCUUUACAAUCGACGACGCCUUCCGCGCCAUUGAACGAGCCACUCAAGCGGAAGGCGACGGACGAUUCCGUGAAGCGCUCAAACACUUUUUGGACGGCGGCGAAAUGAUCGUGUCCGCCGCGGAGCGCGAAGCCAGUCAAAAGGUCCGGAACUUACUCUUGCACAAGGGAAAGGAAGUCCUGGAAUGGGCCGAGCAUCUGGCUGAGUGGAUCGAACGGUACCAGAGCCACAGCGCCCCGCUACGUGUCGCCAAGCCGAUGGCAGUCGAAGUGACGUACGAUCGGUCGCUCAACUCGCCCGAACUGGACGCGUCCGAAGCGCGCACGAUGGUGUAUACGCCCGUGUGCUGCAAUGCCAAGGCGUUUACCGAGUCGGGGUACCGUCUGCAAUGCAUCCAAAGUGGCCGCCGACCCAAGCUCAUGGUUGUGAUCACCAUGUACAACGAAGACGCGUCGGAACUUCGAUCGACGCUGCGCAAGGUGUGCAACAACGUGUACUACCUCAAGCAGCGCAGUUUGCCAGGGUACGAAGGCGACGACGCGUGGAAGCAAGUGCUUGUGGUCGUCGUAUCGGACGGCCGCACCAAAGCCAACAAGGGAACGCUCGACUGGCUCAGCAGCGUCGGCCUGUACGACGACGACGUGAUGAACAUUACGUCGACCGGCGUCCGUGUCAAGUGCCACCUCUUCGAACACUCGCUGCAGUGGACGAAAGAGGACAAGAGCAUUCGGUUCCCGCCGCUUCAAGUCGCGUUUGCACUCAAAGAGGCGAACGCGGGCAAGUUGGACUCGCACCUGUGGUACUUUGACGCGUUCUGCGAGCAAGUCAUGCCCGACUACACCGUGUUGCUGGAUGUGGGGACAAUGCCGACCAAGAGUUCGUUCUACAAGCUCUUGACAGCGCUCGAAAUCAACGCUCAAAUUGGCGGCGUGUGCGGCGAAAUCGCCGUCGACCAGCCGAUCCCGCACAUGUGCAACUGGGUCGUCGCCGCCCAGCAUUUCGAGUACAAGAUCUCCAACAUCUUGGACAAGUCGCUCGAGUCGUGCUUUGGCUUCAUAUCGGUCCUCCCCGGCGCGUUCAGUGCGUAUCGGUACAAGGCGAUUCGAGGCGAGCCUCUCCAAGCGUACUUUAAGUCCCUGACGACGUCCAUGGGCGAGCUCGGUCCGUUUGCCGGCAACAUGUACCUGGCAGAAGAUCGCAUUCUGUGCUUUGAGCUGCUCGCUCGAAAGGGAUGCAAGUGGACAAUGCACUACGUCAAAGACGCGAUCGCGCGGACGGACGUCCCGACCAACCUGAUCGACCUCAUCGGCCAGCGACGCCGGUGGCUCAAUGGCUCGUUCUUUGCCACGCUCUUUAGCAUUUGGAACUGGGGCCGCGUGUACUCGGAGAGCAAUCACUCGGUGGCGCGAAAACUCGCGCUCCUGUUGUUGUACGUGUACAACAUCCUCCAAGUCGUGUUUUCGUGGUUCUUGCCGGCCAACUUUUACCUGGCGCUGUACUUUGUCAUUUUUGAAGGGUUCCAGCAAAACCGGUGGAACUUUAUCGACACGUCCGAGGUGUCGCCAUUGAUCCGCGACGGCGUCCCGACCGUGUUCAACGCCCUCUACGCCGUCAUUGUGUUCACCCAGGUCGCUGUCGGCCUCGGCAACAAACCCAAGCACGUCCGCGCGACGCACUACUUUAUGUCGUUUGUGUUUGGCGUCGUCAUGUUGUUGUCGUCGGCGAUUGCAAUUGUGAUCUUUAUCAACGCGAGCAAGAGCGUCGAAGCGAUUGUUCUGGCGGUGCUCAUCCUCGGCACGUUCUUUGUCGGGUCCGCGCUGCACUGCGAAGUACACCACAUCGUGCUCGCGUUUGUCCAGUAUACGGCGAUGCUCCCGAGUUUUGUCAACAUCUUGAUGGUGUACUCGUUUUGCAACCUCCACGAUUUGAGCUGGGGAACCAAGGGCAUCGACUCGGGAGGACAUGGAAGCGGCGGCGGCGGCGAUGUCGUCGGCCAGUACAAGGACGUGGUAGCCAAGCGCAAGGCCCUCGAAGCAAAGAAAGCCCAGGAGGCGGCUGCCCAAGACGAACUCAAGAAACGAUUUGACGCGUUCCGCACCAACUUGUUGCUUCUGUGGGUUUUCACCAACAUGACGUUCGUUGUACUUGCCGUCGCGUCCAUCGGCGCCGAUCGGUACCUCCCAUUCCUCUACUUUUUCGUGGCUGCGUUCAACGCGGUCCGACUUGCGGGGUGCGUCGGGUACUUGCUCUACUACGCGCGGCAAUUCUUGAUCUUCAACACGUUGAGCGCUACGGGGGCGCUACACAAACGCCAUGAAGCCCGAAAAGCCCAUCAAGACAGCCACGUCGACGUCGAACUCGGGACGAUGGAAGGCCUGACAACAACCAACGACUCGGACGGCGUGCGGCCGACUGGCGCCCUUCCAAGCACGACCCCCGCUGUACAAAAUGCAUACACUCGCAUGCGUUAACAGACUUGAAUUUCAUUUGCGGCAUUGCAU